CUUCUCGAUUCUAUAUCUCACCCGCGACUACUAAGAUGCAAGCGGAAGUCGAUCCAACGCAGGACACCGAGUUCCACGAUGCCCUCCGUGCUCACGGGAUUAUCCCGCCCAAGCCGCCUUCACGCUCUCCCUCGCCAGAGCUUCCAACUGAUCAAGAGCGUCGCGCAACGGAGCUGGAUAAGGCCACAGUAGAGGACAUAGACCGCGCCCUGGAGCAGGACGGCGGUCGAGGCGGUGAAGACGGCGAUGAGGAGGAGAAACUCCUCUUGAGAAUACGACAGCAGCGCCUCGAUGCUUUGGCCAAAGAAAGGAAGAGGGGCAGAUUCGGACGUGUCUAUCCAAUCAGCAGACCAGACUAUACGCGUGAGGUCACAGAAGCUAGCAAGGUGGAUCCGGAUCGUAUUGGCAAGGACGACGAUGACCCAGACGAUGAUGACGAUGUCGCAGAGACUGGCGCGGGCACCGUAGGUGGCUCAGCAGCCAAACAAUCACGCGCCAAGGGCACCGGCGUCGUCUGUUUCCUGUACAAGGACAGCAUCGAGGAGUGUCGCCUCCUCUCCGGCUACCUGGACCGCCUCGCAUCAAAGUACCCCGCAACCAAGUUCGUCAGCAUAGUUGGGGACCAGUGCAUCCCCAACUAUCCAGACAAGAACCUGCCCACACUCCUCGUCUACCGCAACGGCGAGCUCCAUCGACAGAUCAUCGGCCUCAGACCCGAGAUUGGCUUGGACGGCAUGAAGACGAAGUGCGAAGAUAUCGAGUUGCUCCUUACCGCAGUGGGCGUCGUCGAUCGUUCGACGGUGCCCGGGUCGGCGACGCACCAGGAUAAUGGGGAGGGGGAUAUGGACAGGAGGGAGAAGGAGGAGAGGAGAAAGGAGGAGCGUCAAGAGGCCGAGGAUCAGGACGAAGGUUUUGGAGGGAGCAAUAGAAAAUACGACAAGCCAAGCGUGCGAAGUCAGGAGGAAGAGGACGAUGAUCUCGAUUGGGAUCUGUGACGGCUGGCGUAGCGGCCUCGCAAUGCAAAACUCACUUUCGAUGAG